AUGGGGUGCAGGUGCUGUAAAAUGAUACAAAGCUAUCUCUUUGAUCCCGUCCAAGUGCCCUCCCCUGGCUACGUCAAUGAAGUAAGCAGCUAUAAGUUAGAUGAAGACACUGUUAAAUUAAAAGGCAAACAGAGCAAUGAAGUCUUGGUGCAUAAAAAUGAUCUUCAGAGUGAGGGCUUGAAGAGGACCGAGAGCAGAGGCAAAACAGCUGUUCCGCAGGCGCUCCCUCAGGGGGACACUGGAGGGGGACACUGUGCGGACAAGACUGGCACUGCUGCCAAUGGCAUCAGCCCUGCUGCUGUUCUGCAGCCCCCCGAGGGCUCCGGGGCCGGUCCUGCAAACAACGUUCACCCAACUCAACCCUUCCUGGAAGAAGAGGACUCCGGGAAACAGGGCUGUGUUCUGCCAGCCUUGGAAGAGACUCCAGUCAUGCGAAAUGGAGACUCCAGAGCCCCUUCAAAGGCACAACAUCUUGCCUGGGAAGUACAAGACCAUGUCUUCCAGAUACCAGCCCCAGAUUACCCUCAGCUCUCGGGCCCAGCUGUAGACAAUGUUAAUCUUGAAAAAAAGGAUUUUUUCCAGAUCCACACUGAGGAUGAGCCCCUGGAGGGAAUUUGCCCCAGGCUGGUAGGGCAUGAUUUGAAUAUGCCCUUCUCCAUGAAGAGAAGCUGGGAUUCAUUAAAUGAGGCCGUGGCAACAGAAGUUCUAAGUGUUUGCUUUAAAGAGGAGGGUCCUGGUCAUGCUGUGUCUGUUGACUCAAGAGACGGGCAGAAGGAUACCUACUGCUCCAGUGGAGAUGGGGGUGGGGAGAUGGUGGAUGAGGAUGCAGCGGUGGCAGAAGCCCUGGCAGCUCUAGAAGCUGCUACUGCUGGAGAAGAUGUGGAUGAGGCUGAUUAGGGGAGGGGGUUUGUGCAGGCAGGUAGGCCAGUGUCAUGCUGAGCGUUGGAGAUGCACUUGCUCCUUAGACACAGAGCUCUUCAGCAUUCACUGGUGCGGCCUUACCAGUUGUUUACAUCCAGCCUCUGUUCUGACCGUCAGUACCUGUGCCAUACCGUUUGUUCACUAUUGGCAACGUCACUCUGUCGAUGGACUGUCAUUCAGGACACUAGAAUUAAAAUCUGAGUGGGACAUUGUGUCCAUGUCCCCAGCAAAUGCAGAAAUUAAACAGCCUGCUUGCCAACCCUUAAAGCUCUCCAGAACAUCUGGUACAGAUGUUCAUGAGAAUGUUCUGAAAUCCCAAUGCUUAAUCUCAAGGACACGCAACCACGGAGCAUUCUGUUUGACUGUAAAUUCUUUACCAUGCUUUUGAGAGCCAAACAUUAUACCCAACCUGGAAAAGGUAGUUAUCCCAUUUAAAGUGCCUAAUAUGUCCCCAGAGCAUGGCUUAACUUCAGGGACAAUCACCCAGGGAACUAAUAACUAACCACUUGUUCAACAGUGAGUUAAGCUUGGCAGCUUUCAAGGUGGAGAAGACCACUAGUAAACAAAUGGUUAGUCAUUAGCUGUGAUGUGAUAUUAAAACAGCUUGACCUUAACUUUUUUACAUUAUUAUAUGUUGCUUUUUAAUCUCCUUUGGGAUUGGGAAGGCUAGCCAAAAUAAUUAUUAAAACUGCUGGUAUCAUAUUUGGGUUUUAAGUUCAUGAGUUUUGGGACCUCGAAGCCAUAUAUGGAGUGUUUUUAUGCCAUUAAAUGUCUCAUUCUAAUUAAAAUAUAACAUCAUA